AUGGAUCAAGAAGAGGUGCAUGACUGGACCCUGCUCGCAGAGCUCGCCAUGAAGCGCGGCGACAAGAGCUUUGAGCCCGUUUAUGACGGAAAUGCCCUUUCCCAGUACGACGCCGACGCCCUCGAGAAACAGCGAGGCAUCAUGUACCACGCUCUGUCUCAGCCGCGGGGGUUCCUCGCCCAGCCAGACAAACUCAUCUCUUCCACCAUUCGCUUGGGAGCUGGUGUGUACAUUGACCAGCCGCGCGGCAAGUUCUUGGAGACAAUGGGGAGAACAGACCGUUUGGGAAGGUGCCAUCUGAACUUCGAGGAGGCAAUAUAUCUGGUGGAGAGAGGCACCUGCGUCGCAAAAAAAGAGGAUUCUGAGCGCAUUUUGUCAUUACAGGAAGUCUACGGAAGUCUCAUUGCCAACUCAGAGCAGUACGACCAGCUGCUCGUAUACUCGCUGCUGAAGAGGAACGGCUACAUAGUGCUGCGGACGACGCAACACACCGCCGAGCACCACGAACGACCUACACCCCGCUACGGCUCCAUUUUUCUGAACCUUGUGGUAUCGCUUUUCGGCCUCAAAUUCCUCCCUUUUCGCUCAGUUUUCAGCUACCUGCACUCGCUCAUAGCUCCCAAAAAAAUCUGCCCAAUCCCCGACCCCGAUUGGCAGCCGGUAUAUGACGUCUGGAAGCCAACCAAGGGCUUUAAAAAGAGCGUGCCGCCCGUCCCGCAUUUCCAGGUCGUUAUUGUGUCUGCAACGGAUCAAGUGCCAGAAAUCGAAACUCUCAAACAGCAUUUGCACGAGUCGCCGUCCUUGCUGGUGGCAGUCGUCGACAACGGUAUCGUGAACUUCUACAACCUCGCAGACAUGGACUUCAACCGGCUAGGAAUCGUGUGGAAGGACCCGUGGGGGCACAAUCGCACGCUGUGGUCGCUGGCUCGUCGUCUACUUAUAGCGAAAAAAUAA